GUAUAUAUAUGGCGUAUAAAGCAGCAGUCCUCACAGGGGACUUUGAUAGCCUGUUUUUUUCAAGGAUUAAUAUAAACAACUUGACGAAUAAUGAUGAUGAAUGUAUUUUGGAUUUCUGUUUUGACUGUUAUAGUACUGGUCUCCAAAUCUACUUGCCUCAUUGCAUUUUCUUCCUACAUGAGCGAAAACAAAGCGAUCUCACAAAGUAAUUCUGUUGUUGAUGGAACAACCAUGAUCUUUGAUAAAGUAGAAAUAAAUUCAGGGUCAGAUUACAGCGUCGUCACAGGAAAAUUUACUGCUCCUUCCUCCGGUAUUUAUGCAUUCACUUGGACCAUCUGCGUAGAUUCACGUUAUAAACACCCUGCUGGAGAAUAUAACUACGGGGAAUAUGGUACAGAACUAAUGAUGGGCAGCACAAAAAUCGGUGUUUUACAUACAGACACAGAGAAACAAUACGACGACGCAUGCUCUACAGGAUUUGUCAUCAAAUAUAUAUCAUCGGGCAACCAAGUUUACGUCAGAAAUAACUACGCUCACCAAGGUCGACUACUUAGCAAGGAGAGUCAGACCAGAACAACGUUCUCCGGAUGGAAAAUGCAAUAAAAGGCAAAUCCAACGGAACAAAUUUUGCCAGAUCUAAAAUGUAAUAUUCAAAAUAAAAUUUGAAGACAA